AUGCCCCACCUGAUAGCAUAUGGCAACACGGCAAGUAAUGUCAGAUGUGUCAACACAACAUAUAAGUCCACAAUAUUUCGAGCUGCAUCCGCACCUUCGCACUUUGCCCUCAUCAUGCCUUCCGACAUCCUUUUGCUGUCGGUCGCUGCUGCUGCCAUUGCCUUUGUUUACAUCCGCAAUCGGCAUUCACGGUCCCCCCUCGCUAACAUCCGUGGACCAACGCCGGUUUCUCGCUGGAAAGGCAACUUGCCGCAAAUUUUCAAUAUCGAGGGCUGGGACUUCCCGAAAUACAUCUUCAAUGAGUACGGUCGAGUCGCGAAGAUGACCGGUUUGCUCGGGAACGAAGUUUUGUAUGUCUCGGACCCCCGUGUGGUUCGGCGUGUCCUUCUCAACUUCCCACCGCCGCCGAUGGUAACACAGAGCCAUAACCUGAUCAACGGUGAUGGUCUGCUGGGUACCAUGGGUGAUCAGCACAAGAAGCAGCGCAAAAUGCUAAACCCAUUAUUCGCGCCCAAACAUAUCAAGGGCUUCACCAACUUGUUUUUCGACCGGGCAGCCAAGAUGAACAAGACUUUCCUCGAGGGAUUUGGCAUCCAGGAGAAGCCGCGGGUGCUGAACAUGCACUACUGGUCGUCUCGCCUGACGCUGGAGCUCGUUUCGCAAACUUCCUUCGGCCGAUCGCUCGAUCCGCUCGACUCGGAAGACUCCGUCCAUCCUUACACUGUCGCGGUUCGCUCCAUGCUGCCAGCCGCGCUCCCGCUCUCUGUGCUCCGAAUUACAGUUCCCUACUUGCAAUACUUUGGUACCAAGAAAUUCCGCCGAUGGCUCGUACACAGCCUACCCUGGCCGGCGCUCAACACUAUGGGCAAGGUCGUUGAUGUUAUCUUCAACACCGCGGUUUCCACGUACGAAGACAAGAAGAACAUCAAUAUUGACGAGGACGAGGAUCGCAAAGACGUUAUGUCGGUUCUGCUGAAAGCAAACAAGAAGGUUGUCGCCGAGGAUCGUCUGAACGAAUACGAAGUCGUCUCGCAAAUGGGCACGCUAACCGCAGCCGCCAACGACACGACACCUAAUGCGCUAUCGCGCAUGUAUUGGCAGCUCGCGCGGAAUCCCAAGGUGCAGGAGAAGCUGCGUACCGAAAUUCUCGCUGCCGAUUUCGACUUGGAAAACUCCGAUCCUGGACAACUCUACGACCAGCUGAUGGCGCUUCCUUAUCUUGAUGCUGUCCUACGCGAAACGAUGCGUCUUGAUUCGCCGGUGUCAAUGCUGCAAAGACGGGCGAAUGUGGAUGCGACUAUUCCUCUAUGGCGGCCGAUUGUUGGCGUCGAUGGGAGCGAAAUUAACACGAUAAACGUCUCGAAGGGUACUGAUUUCAUCCUUGCUGUGUGCAACGCCCAUCGGGACCCGGAAAUUUGGGGCAAUGAUGUGCUUGAAUUCCGACCUGAGCGAUUCAUCGAGGCGCUCCCCGAGUCCUUUACCGAUGCUGGGCUCCCUGGUGUCUACUUCCAAACUUUACCGUUCGGUGGCGGAUUCAAGGCGUGCAUUGGCUACAAAUACGCUGAACUGCAGAUGAAGGUUAUGCUCUAUAGCUUGCUGUCGUCGUUCCGUAUGGAGCUCACCGAUGACGAGCUGGUCUGGAACAUGCAUAUGGUUGCGACCCCGAGCAUCGCUGGCGUCAAGGGCUCGCAGCUUCCCAUCAAACUCACUGCAUUAUAA